CCCGCCUACAGCCGAACGAAGCCUCCGCAUCGAGUCCUUGACUCUCUCAAAUCUUGGAUUCCCCCAGACUCUCCGUCUCCAAAUCUCUCAGCCGAAGUGGGACCGCGAUCUAACAUCGGCAUCGCUCAGAUGCCCAUGCUUUACGGCUAAAUUGCUGAAAGGAGCCUUGGAAUCAUGUUCACCACGACGGGCUCAUGGACCGCGCACUGUAUCCCAGCGAAGUCUUGGACGUCGUCGCCAACUUCCCAGCGCUUUAUCACUAUCAGCCUGCCAAACGCUCAACUGAGGAUGCAAAAGUCAACCCAUUGAUUGUCUGCGUCCCUGGAGGCUUACACCUGGCUCGUAUUUUCUAUGGCGGACACGCGGGUUCAAGACCGACCGACUUUCUCUCUCAUUGGCUCUCUGAACUUGGAUAUGGGGUCCUCUCGCUCUCGUACCCGCUCGAAACGGAGCCUGAGAUUAUGGCGGCAACUGCUGCCCGCUACAGAAUCAAGGACUGGGGCGAGCAAGCGGCAAAGACCGCCGCAAAGGUUAUGUCCGAGCACAACUUGCCCACUCGGUCUGUGGUUUUGAUCUCAUGGAGCAUGGGCGGUCGCAUGGUUGUCCCAUUCACCAUUGCAACGAAGCAGCUCGGCCUCGACGUCGUGCAGUACAUCAGCUUUGCAGCCACCCCGGGAUUUUCAAGCAUCCGACCUCUCCCACCGGGGCUCUCCUGUAGUCCCGCGGGUUACUUCCAGGUGCCGGCUCAUCUCGGCGCCUUCUGGAGGCAGUUAAGCGAGAUGCAGGAUCUCAACGGAGGACGGGAGAUCGUUCCAGAGGAACUCUAUCUGCGGCAGUACGUUGGAGGGACGCCGAUUAACCUGAUCGGACUCGGGCUCAAGUAUGAUGGGCAGGGAAACUUCGUGCAGGACGAAGUACCUCACGAGGAGGACAGUCGGGUCCUGGAUAUCGCAAACUUUCCUCUCAUCACGGCUCUCUACCCAACAAGCUCCUUGGACGCGAGCCAUGCCUUGGCAGAUCGCGCGAGCUGGGGCUUCUUACUCACGUACAAACUGGAAAGUAUGAUUGGAAAGGCAGGGGUCAGACAAGUGCAAGGGACGCCAAAGUGGCAGCAGCUCAUGGAUCUCGUACACUCCGCUCCCGCAAGGUUGUGUCUGCCCGUCACAGGCAACCAUUUCUUCUUUGUCGGCGAGAAAUCUGCUCGGGAUGUUGCAAGCAGAGUAGACGCACUUAUCCGAGAUGCUACUGAGUUUCAGAACCAGCUGCUCUGCCUGGUCUCUUAGGGGAUACCGUACAUAUAUAUAUUUUCGGCGUCGGUGACUACACAACGCCAACCCGUAUCACAAGGUAAACAAUGCAACCAAACAUCAUAGCAGAGAGGAGAUGCUCAUGAACUCAUAAUUAUAAUACAAAAACUGGCGUUGCAGUUGGAUCCCAGACAUCACGAUGAUGUCUUAUUGCUUCCCUCGUUCGGCCGAUGCUGCAUUUCCCCGGCGUUCGCACCAGCGUGUGGUCUGGAAGUGGAUUUCGGAUCUAUCUGAACGGGCUUGUCGAGUGCGAUCGUAUCUGACGGGCCCAACAAUCGCUCUUCGAUUCCAUUGGACAUGCCGGUGAGUUUGGUGAAGACGCCUCCCGCCACAAUGGCAGCGACUGGCAGUGCACGCAUAGAGGGUGGAAGGCCGUUCUGGACGUUCGAGAGUCUGGCGAGCCUCGCGACUUCUUUUGUGAUAUCCGGCUUUGACAUCUUGCAGACGGAGGAGACAGGUAUGUAUUUUGAAAUGAUGUGGGAGACGAUAUUGGGGAAGAACGGAGGGGAAUGGGUUGAGUCACAGCCAAGCACGAGUCAAUACGAACAAAUUAGGCGCACUUAACACGAAUUUCCAGCCUGUCGAACGCUCGGAUGACGCCACAGCCGUGAUCUUCAUUAUUAUCUAUCGCUCGAACCCGUCGGCAC